ACCGCGGGAAGCGGGACGCCGGCGCUCUGGGUCCUGGCGGUUUCUCACUGGUGCCAUUGAGGGCGGUAGUGGGCCCGCAAGGCUGCGCUCGGCACCGCCGGUCCUCGCCUUCCGCCUCGCUCCCGGCCUCGCCAUGUCGUGCAACUACGUGGUCACCGCACAGAAGCCCACGGCCGUCAACAGCUGUGUCACCGGUCACUUCACCUCCGCGGAGGACCUCAACUUGUUGAUCGCCAAGAACACCCGCCUUGAGAUCUAUGUGGUCACCGCAGAAGGGCUGCGGCCCGUCAAGGAGGUGGGCAUGUACGGCAAGAUCGCCGUCAUGGAGCUCUUCCGCCCCAAGGGGGAAAAUAAGGAUUUGCUCUUUAUUUUGACAGCAAAAUAUAAUGCUUGCAUUCUUGAGUAUAAACAAAGUGGAGAGAACAUUGACAUCAUCACCAGAGCCCAUGGCAAUGUGCAGGAUCGUAUUGGUCGUCCCUCGGAAACAGGUAUAAUUGGCAUAAUUGACCCAGAGUGCAGAAUGAUUGGACUAAGGCUUUAUGAUGGCUUGUUCAAAGUGAUUCCUUUGGAGCGAGAAAAUAAAGAAUUAAAGGCCUUUAACAUUCGACUAGAGGAGCUACAAGUUAUUGAUGUGAAAUUCCUCUAUGGCUGCCAGGCCCCAACCAUAUGUUUUGUUUACCAGGAUCCACAGGGCCGUCAUGUCAAAACAUAUGAAGUGUCUUUGCGUGAGAAGGAGUUUAACAAGGGACCCUGGAAGCAGGAAAACGUAGAGGCUGAAGCCUCAAUGGUGAUUGCAGUGCCUGAACCAUUUGGAGGGGCCAUCAUUAUUGGACAAGAAUCCAUUACUUAUCACAAUGGUGAUAAAUAUCUGGCUAUUGCCCCACCUAUCAUUAAGCAAAGUACAAUCGUAUGUCACAACCGGGUAGAUCCAAAUGGGUCCCGUUAUCUGUUGGGGGAUAUGGAAGGUCGGCUAUUCAUGCUGCUUUUGGAGAAAGAGGAGCAAAUGGAUGGUGGAGUCAGCCUCAAGGACUUGCGUGUGGAAUUGCUUGGUGAGACAUCCAUAGCAGAAUGCCUGACAUAUUUGGACAAUGGUGUUGUGUUUGUCGGCUCUCGUCUUGGGGAUUCCCAACUUGUGAAGCUCAAUGUGGAUAGUAAUGAACAAGGCUCCUAUGUUGUGGCCAUGGAAACCUUCACCAACCUUGGGCCAAUUGUGGACAUGUGUGUGGUAGAUCUUGAGAGACAGGGUCAAGGCCAGCUGGUUACAUGCUCUGGUGCCUUUAAGGAAGGUUCUCUGAGAAUCAUCCGGAAUGGAAUUGGGAUUCAUGAACAUGCCAGCAUUGAUCUCCCAGGGAUUAAAGGAUUAUGGCCUUUGAGGUCGGACUCUCACCGUGAAACUGAUAACACCUUAGUGCUGUCUUUUGUGGGACAAACCAGAGUUUUGAUGUUGAAUGGGGAGGAAGUAGAGGAAACAGAACUGACAGGAUUUGUGGAUGAUCAGCAGACUUUCUUCUGUGGUAAUGUGGCUCAUCUGCAGUUAAUCCAGAUAACAUCAGCCUCAGUCCGGCUUGUUACUCAAGAGCCAAAGGCUCUGGUGAGUGAAUGGAAAGAGCCAAAUGGGAAGAACAUCAGUGUUGCUUCCUGCAAUAGCAGUCAAGUAGUGGUAGCUGUGGGGAGAGUGUUGUACUACUUGGAAAUCCACCCCCAGGAACUCAAACAAAUAAGCUUUACAGAGAUGGAGCACGAGAUUGCCUGUCUGGACAUCACUCCCUUGGGAGACACCAGUGGCAUGUCCCCUCUCUGCGCUAUUGGCCUUUGGACAGACAUUUCAGCCCGUAUUCUUAAGCUGCCCUCAUUUGAACUGUUACACAAGGAGAUGUUAGGAGGAGAGAUUAUCCCACGUUCCAUUCUGAUGACCACCUUUGAGAGUAGCCAUUAUCUGCUUUGUGCCCUAGGAGAUGGGGCCCUGUUUUAUUUUGGACUGAACAUUGAAACAGGUUUGCUGAGUGACCGUAAAAAAGUAACUUUGGGAACCCAGCCCACUGUUUUAAGGACAUUUCGCUCACUUUCCACCACCAAUGUGUUUGCUUGCUCUGACCGCCCUACUGUGAUUUACAGCAGCAACCACAAACUGGUCUUUUCCAAUGUCAAUCUUAAAGAGGUGAAUUAUAUGUGCCCUCUUAACUCAGAUGGGUACCCUGACAGCUUAGCUCUGGCCAACAACAGUACUUUGACAAUUGGCACCAUAGAUGAAAUUCAGAAACUGCAUAUCCGCACUGUUCCCCUUUAUGAAUCACCCAGAAAGAUCUGCUAUCAGGAAGUCUCUCAAUGUUUUGGCGUGCUCUCCAGUCGUAUUGAAGUUCAGGAUGCUAGUGGAGGCACCACUGCAUUGAGGCCCAGUGCAAGUACCCAGGCCCUCUCCAACAGUGUGAGUUCUAGCAAGUUGUUCUCUAGCAGCACAGCUCCACAUGAAACAUCAUUUGGUGAGGAAGUAGAGGUACACAAUCUGCUCAUCAUAGAUCAGCAUACAUUUGAAGUACUCCAUGCUCACCAGUUCCUGCAGAAUGAAUAUGCACUAAGCUUGGUCUCCUGCAAAUUGGGCAAAGAUCCAAACACUUAUUUUAUUGUGGGAACAGCCAUGGUGUAUCCUGACGAAGCUGAACCUAAGCAAGGCCGCAUUGUGGUGUUCCAUUAUUCUGAUGGUAAAUUGCAGAGUCUGGCUGAGAAAGAAGUAAAAGGGGCCGUCUAUUCCAUGGUGGAAUUCAAUGGAAAACUCUUAGCUAGCAUAAACAGCACGGUGCGACUGUAUGAAUGGACAGCAGAGAAGGAGCUUCGCACCGAAUGCAACCAUUACAACAACAUCAUGGCGCUCUAUGUGAAGACAAAGGGCGACUUCAUUUUAGUUGGAGAUCUUAUGCGCUCUGUACUUCUGCUUGCCUAUAAGCCCAUGGAAGGAAAUUUUGAAGAGAUCGCUCGUGAUUUUAAUCCAAACUGGAUGAGUGCUGUGGAGAUCCUGGAUGAUGACAAUUUCUUAGGGGCAGAGAAUGCAUUUAACUUGUUUGUGUGCCAGAAGGACAGUGCUGCGACAACUGAUGAGGAGCGCCAGCAUUUACAGGAGUUUGGGCUCUUCCAUCUGGGUGAAUUUGUCAAUGUCUUCUGUCAUGGGUCCCUAGUCAUGCAAAAUCUGGGUGAAACAUCUACUCCAACACAGGGCUCAGUGUUGUUUGGCACAGUCAAUGGAAUGAUUGGACUGGUGACUUCUCUGUCAGAAAGCUGGUAUAAUCUCCUGUUAGAUGUGCAAAACAGGCUCAACAAAGUCAUUAAGAGUGUUGGGAAAAUAGAACACUCUUUCUGGAGAUCAUUUCAUACAGAACGUAAGACAGAGCCAGCCACUGGAUUUAUUGAUGGAGAUUUAAUUGAAAGCUUUUUGGAUAUCAGCCGACCCAAGAUGCAGGAGGUGGUGGCUAACUUACAAAUUGAUGAUGGCAGUGGAAUGAAGAGGGAGGCUACGGUAGAUGACUUGAUCAAGAUUGUGGAGGAGCUCACCCGUAUCCAUUAGCUGAAUGAGAAGAUACUUCCUGCACCUUCCUUCAGGAUAGCAUAUGGAGUCUUUCCCGACUGGUUCCCUCACCAGUUUCACUGUAAUGCUAGAGCAGUAGCAAUGUGCCUGGAUUAAAGUGGGAAAUCUCUGAACUGAAGCCAUCUUGCUAAGGACUUGCAAAUGCAGUGUUGGCAGUUGCCGACAUUGUAUUCUGCUUGGAUUCACCAUUCAUCUGCCACCUAAUAGUGAUCCCAGCAGGUUUUUCCCCUCUGAGUAACAGCAGCUGGCAAAGAUGUCCCUCUGCCUAGACUCUUUCCACACUUCAUUCGCUGUUGUCUUUUAGAACCUCUGAAUUUAUUUUGUUCCUGGUGUUUUGAAGUGGAGGUCUUUCCCCAUACCCUUCCUUGUUUGGAUGAGAAGGUGGCUAGAUGGCUGCAGUGGCUGUUGGAAAGAUGGAAGUGACAUUUAGCUCGUAUAAGGUGCUUUCAGGAUUAGGGCUGCUUAAUCUCGAGGAACCCAAUUGUGGGUAGCAGCCUCUCUAUUCCAACAACUUUGCUGCUUAUUCAGGGAGAAGAGACUAGAUUGCAAUUUUUUCUGUUAUUGGUUUUGAAAUUUUACCAAAUAAAAGUAGUCCAAGAGGAAAGGUUUGGCUGUCGUCAAAAUCUUUUCAUGCUUUUCUGAACUCCUUUACUGAGGAGGAAAGAAACUUUGUUCUCUCAUGUUUUGUAUUUCAACACUCCCAUUAGUCUAUCUAUAGGGAACUGAUUACUAUAGUUUCAUUUUGUUUUCGUGUUUUCUGGUCAAUAAGCUUGUAAAUUUUUUUUAAGGGGACCUUAUUACCUCUUUUUUUCCUCAUUCUUGCCAGUAGGAGGCAGACUUUUAAGACGAGGGUAAUGGGAUUUUGUUGUUAUUGUUGGAAUGAUAAGCACAGGGUUCUCACUUCCCAUUGUUCUGCUGUCACAUAUUAAGAAUUUUCAUUCCCUUCUAGCAUGUGAGAGUUAGAAAAGAUUUUUUUGCAUAGGACAUUUUACUCAAGUUUUCUCUUUUCUUUUGGUAAAAGCUUGUCCUGACUGUUCUAUGAUAAGAGUUUACGGGCUGGGGAAAAGGCUCUUCUUCAAAUUCACCCCACAAGUUCACAUCAUUACAUCACUAAAUUCCAAAAUUAGAGUGAAAAUGCUUCACAAUUCAUUGAUAAAAAGUUAAAUGCACAGUGCAGCAUGCCUCUACUGGAUUUGGCUUCAACAUUUUUUUACCCAUUCUCAUGAAAUCACUUCAUUCUCUUCUCAAUUGGAGGGACAGAAAAAACCUGAUAUAUGGUGGACUUUCAGUUCCAUCCACAAAGCCUGGAUGUUUCUCUGAUGUGCAGAUGGGGAUGGGGUUUAUUUUGUCCUUCAGGGUCUUGAAAGCAUUUGAGCAAACCUUAAGGAAUUGUAAAAAUGAAAAAACAACCCAUGUUCUUUGAUACGUUCAGCAGAGGACAGAAUAUUUGUUAUAGGUGGUUCUUGACUUAUGACAUUCAAUUAAUGUUGGUUCAAAGUUACAACGGCCUCAGAAAAAGUGACUUAUGACCUUUAUUCCCAUUAUGGCCAUUAUGCCACAUUCACCAGAUAUGUGAUUGCCAUUCAGGAACUUGGCUGGUUCCCAUUUAUGAUUAUACUUGCAGCAUCCUGCAGUCACAUGAUUGCAAUUUAAUGACCUUUUUUGCUGAUUUACAGCAACAAAGGCCCAUUGGGGAAGCUGGACUUGCUUAACCAUCAAGUGAUUUGCCUCACGACUGUGUAAUAUGCUUAAUGACUGCUGUCAGUGGAAAUUCUGGUCCCAACUGUUUGUUGUAAAUCAAGGACUAUCUGUAAUAUGUUGGAAAGGUCAACUUCUAGCACCUGCAGCAUGUACAGUGUGAAGCAACGUCCUGUACAAAUCUUAUGUGCUAGGUGAUUGUGCUCUCCCAUACUUUCUAAAAUCAUGCCCCAAACAUUGUUGAUGGCAAGAGUUUAGAUUUGUUGCUUAUGUUGCAUUUCACAUCUGCUUUGAUAAGGUGUUAAGGCUUGUGUUGAAUGCAACUAGCUUUCUGUAAAAUGGUCUAUUUUGCCAAAAGAUAAACACUUUGGGGGGAAAAGCACUUUGAAAAAUAUUUGAAAAUGUUUUAUACAACAUGGAGGCUCUGUAAUAAUAUCUUCAGCCUGUGAUAUUAAUGGUCAAGCUGCUUGGUAGAAUGGAAUACUAUCAAAAAGCCUGGCUCUAUUCUCAGGAGGAAUAAGGACAGAAAUUUGAGGUUUCAGAGAUAUUAAGACUAACUGGAUUCAGCAGUUAUUUGGACAUGGCCUUAAAUAAACUACAAACAUUUAAUUGUUUUCAUUACAUUUGCUGUCCCUGCUAUAGAAACCUGGUAUGCAUGAAUAUUCAGAUGACUGAGCGAGCAUAUGCAUUUCAGAUAUUGCAGGCUUUUGUUAAAAUUACAAAAGCUCUAUUGUGUGGUAAUAUACAUACAAAAAGUGUGGCGUUUGUUUCGAAAUAGCAGAAGGUUACUUUCCUUAUUUGUCCCCUCCUUGUGGAUGCCCGAUUCUUAUUUUAUUGUGAAAUCACAGUUGGAAAGUAUCCCAAAUGGAAGAAAAACAUGCAUGCCAAAACUUCUAUUAAAGGAAGGGGUCUAUACAUAUUUUUGAAGCCCUUCCAUCAAUCUAUAUUGUGCUUGCCUUACAUUUCCAAAUGAAUGCAAGAGGCAAUGCAGUAAUAUGUAGUAAACAUUGUACAAUGUAUUGAAAUAUGUUCCUGUUUUAGUACAUUGAAUUUCAGAGUGCAAUUGAUACAAAACAUUGUCCUUUUUGAUAGGCUACUAAUACACAAAACGGGAGAAAGAAAGAAUGAAAUUUCAAUAUUUGCAUAGAUAUGUGAUUCUUAGAAAGGGGGAAUAUAUUCAUACAAUGUUACAAGUGAGACAUUUCAAGAUAUAACUGCAAUAUGUCACUAUUUCUUUUUUAAUAUUAAUUUUAACGUUACAAUUAAAAAAACUAACAAACUAAAAAAAGCUGCAUAUAAAAGAAAAAGAAAAAUUAUAGUGAAAAAUAUAUAUAAAGAAAUGACUUCACUCUUUAUCACAACAUGUAAAUAUUUUAGUAACUUAUUGCCUCUUAAACUACAACAAAUGAACUUUUCUUUCCAUAUCCCAUUUCAUAUCUACAAAUGAUCCUUAAUGCCUCCUGGUUUAGUUGUGGUUAGCAAAAAUUCAUUAAGGGUUAACAAAGGUGACAACGUAACUUUAACCUUGAUCAAAUAAACAACUUUAUAUUU